AUGGGCAAGAAGAAGGCUGCGUCAACGACAGCUACCCGCAAGACCACCAAGAGCAAGACCAAACCCGGUAGUGCCAUCACACGCCGCGAGAUCGCAGCAUGGGAAGCCGAUGAGGUUCCGCCCGCAUUGCGCUUCGAACCGCUUCGCAAGUCUCUGCGCGUCAAGCACCUGCACGACGAGCUCAUCUACGCCGUGCCGUCCUUCCUGUCGCGCGUCGAGUGCCAGCGCGUGCGUUCCUUCGCGGACCAAGAAGGUUUUGAGCGCGUGACCCAGCGAGCCACUCGCGACUACGCGUUCAGAGACAACGACCGACUGCUACUGCGUCUUCCAGCGUUCGCAGAUCUGCUCUGGAAGCGUCUGCAACCGCAUGUUCCAGCCGAGUACGAGGGUCUGCAUGCUGUUGGGCUGAACCCGGCUAUCAGGUUCUAUCGGUACAAUACGGGGCAGAGAUUUGGUUGUCAUGUGGACCAAAGUGACGUGGAUCGGGUCACAGGCUAUCACAGCCGCUUCACUGUGCUCGUGUACUUGAACGACUCGACCGACUCGGACUUGCAAGGCGGCAACACCAUUUUCUAUGCUAAUGAAGCUGACGCCAAGGAGGAAAACCUAGUGCUUAGUGUGGCACCAGAGACGGGUGCAGCACUCGUGCAUGGUCACGGCGAUCACUGCCUGUUACAUGAAGGCGCGUUAGUAACGCGAGGGGCCAAAUAUCUGCUGCGCACCGACGUCAUGUACUCGCGCACGAAGAAGUAG